AUCAGCAUACUGGUGUUUACCAAAUUAUGGAGAAUGGUGCUUCAUCUGAAGGAAGGGAUCCGUCAGCCUUCCUUAGUGAAAUAAUUGGUGCUCCAGUUACAGUAAAGCUAAAUUCAGGUGUUGUCUACAGAGGCGAGCUCCAAUCUGUAGAUGGUUACAUGAAUAUUGCCCUGGAGAGAUCCGAAGAAUUUGUGGAUGGCAAAUUAAGGCGAAGUUACGGAGACGCUUUCAUUCGGGGAAACAAUGGUCUG